AUGGCUGCAGAGUGGGUGUGUGUACAGCGUCAACAGGAUGAGUGCCGCCGUUAUCUUGAUCAGUUCAAAGUUCUAGAUCAUCCACUGAAACAAUCAACCAUAACGGUUCUGGAAAGCCGUGGAACUCGAAGUAAGGUUCCGACGGCGGCAAAUGGAAUCUCGCUGAGCAGUAGUAAUUCGGCAGCCAUGUCUGCCGCAGCAUUGUCGCUUGAUCCGCUAAACAUAGCCUUCGAUGGAUCGGAUCCAUUGAGCCAGUUUGCAAAGCAGCAGGCAACUUCGUUGGGCAAAGAUCCACUCUCACGGAUGGUGGCCGAAAUGGAAAGUGUCGAUUCGGUUACCGUGAAACCGAACCCUAUGGGACACCGCAACUCUGCAGGAAAGUCGAAGGAGCCGACGAAUUUACUUGAGCUGGAUCGCAUCGAACCGUGGGCCGCGCGUCGUGGAGCUAUACUUAACAAAUACACUACCUCGGAGAAGCUGUCGAUUGUGACCAGCUUUCUAACCGGUGGCGAAACCAUCAAACCACAGACGACAAUGUCGGAGAAGGUCAAAUAUCGAUUGGAGCAGCUGGAUGACUUUGAAGAAGGUUCCGUACGGCAGAUGCUGGACUUGUCCCAGCAGGAGUAUGUGGUGAAGAUCGAGCAGCUCAACCACGAGCUGGUGCAGGCGUGGAAUCAGGACCAACGUGUGAAGGCGCUUAAAAUUGCGAUCCAAUGCUCGAAGCUGCUUUCCGAUACGUCCGUCAUCCAGUUUUACCCGUCGAAGUUUGUCCUUAUCACCGACAUUCUCGACAUUUUCGGCCGGCUCGUGUACGACCGGUUGCGCACCAAGGCCGACUACGUACAUCCGGGUACCCGUGAAAUGACGUCCCUGCCGGAAAAUUUUACCCCUGAUAUGGUUCCCGAGUCGGCGAAGGAAACCUGCCAAAAUUGGUUCUACAAAAUCGCUUCGAUACGGGAGCUGUUGCCACGGCUGUAUGUCGAGAUAGCAAUUUUGCGUUGUUACAGCUUUCUGGCCCAGGAUGAAUUCGGCCUGGCGUUACGCAGACUUACGAAAAUGAUCCGCGGUAUUGGUGAUCCACUGGUAGCAGUCUACGCUAGGUCCUAUUUGUGCCGGGUGGGAAUGGGUUUGACACUCGAUCGGACAUACAUUGGUGAAAAUCUGGACGACAUCCUGACGGUUUACCAUACCAUCUUCAAUGGAGGCAUUCGGUCGGAGAUUGCACGUCAUCGCAUCACACUGACCGGCUACAUUGCACUAUACCUUCCGGCGCUUGAUUGGAUUUUGCAAGGUGUCGCUAUCCUAACGACAGAUAACCAGCUGGAUGACAUUUUGCAACGCUGCAAGGAAAAGAAAAAUCCUGCCCUACUGCUGCAAUCGAUGAUGCAAUCGUUCCGUUCAGAUUUUAUCGCUUCCCGUGCGACUCAUUUCGUGCAAAUUCUUUCCACCAUUUCGGUGGAAGGUCUUUCGAGGGGACAGUUGUUCCGGUUGCUCGGAAGCAUCCUAAGUCACACACCACCCCCCACCGAGCAGCGACUAACGGUGCUUUCGAGCGCCAUGAAAACGAUCAGUUCCUUGGGCAAUGUGGAGGAAUUUAUGCAGUGUGCGGAGAUGUGGGCACAGUACACUAGUCAACAUUUCGGGCUAAAAGAGGUCGAUGCUUUCCUGGGGAAUGUGCUUCAGCACAUGACACCGAACCGACUGUACGAACAACAUUAUCACGAGCUGCAAGUCAUAGCGGACAAAAUCGUUUCGAACGCACAAGACGUUCACGGCAUUCUAGCAUUGGACAAUUUUCUACCCCUGCUGGACCUGUUUCAAAAGGAGACAAUAAAGCUGGAGGUAUGCAAAAAUGUUCUUACCAGCUACCGGAAUGCAACGAACAGUGACAAUGCAAUCAUCAACGAUCCAAUUGUCACCAACGCCCUCAUGUACAUCAGCCGAGUGUUGAAUGAUUCCGUCAAUGCCCUCACUGGCGAAGAUGAGCGACGACAAAUCAGCGGGCUUGUAUGUCACUUCAUCAGUAAGGUCGAUUUUGGCCGUGACUUUGAACAACAGCUUGCCUUUUACGUGGAAGCACGGUCGGUGCUGUCCAAUCUCGAUUCGGCGCUUUCCACACUCAUACACUCGGUCAACCGGUUAGCCACGAGCACGCGUCGCAUUGUUAAGGGCCAACACACGCAAAAGACGUCCGCAUUUGUGAAGGCGUGUGCAGCGUACUGCUUCAUCACGAUCCCAUCCAUUAUUGACGUGCGUACGCGAAUGGAACUGUAUCUGCAGUCUGGGCAGGUGGCACUAUUGAACGUUUGUCUUCAGCAUGCCGAUUCGUGCUUCGAAGCGGCGCUCAAUUUAAUCCCAGAGGUGCCCCGAAUGGUGGAAACCGAUGGCAAAGUCCAGUCGACGGAAGGAUUCAUCAAAACGUUUGUGGUAAAUUUUCUGUCCACUCUCGUGAUAGUGCCGGAUAAUCCCACCCAAGGAGUGCUGUACCUGUUGCGCCUUCUGCUGGAUGUUGUGCCAAAGUACCCGUUCGAGUCGAACUCGAGCAUGCUUUCCAGCAUCUAUUUGCACGUGCUGGACUUUCUGUCGGUUGCGGCACAGGAGGUGUACCCAUACCACAUCGUGAAUGUAAUCUCGAACGACGAACUGUACGGAUCUGAUCCGAAGUUUAUUGCCGAGGUUAAUGAAAUGUGCUGCACCGUGUGUGAUAAGUUGCUACAGCAUCUGAAAGCACUGCUGGAAUCGAACGCAAUGCGAGCACAGGCGCAGUUAGCUCUGGAUCUGUUCCUCAAGAUCAUAACCGGUGCCGAUCUGUCCGUGGACAAAAUGUUUACCCUGACGGUUAAUCUGUGGAAUUUGGCUGUAAAGAACCGUAACGUUAUCGAACCGAAGCAAUUGCAAACUGUCAUUACGUACACUGAGCAUCUCGCACAGAUCACACAAAUGGAAUCGCAAAGACAGUGUCUGUGGAUGUUGCUGGAGAAGAUGAAAUCUCGGAUAUAA